CGGCUGGGCACCUCUGCAUGGGCGCCUGGUUCUCCCGGACGCCAUGAACGGGACGGCGAACCCGCUGCUGGACCGCGAGGAGCAUUGCCUGCGACUCGGGGAGAGCUUCGAGAAGCGGCCCCGGACCUCGUUCCACACCAUUCGCUAUGACUUUAAGCCAGCAUCUAUUGACACUUCCUGCGAAGGAGAGCUUCAGGUUGGCAAAGGAGAUGAAGUCACAAUCACACUGCCACAUAUCCCUGGAUCCACACCACCAAUGACUGUAUUCAAAGGGAACAAAAGGCCUUAUCAAAAAGACUGUGUACUUAUCAUCAACCAUGACACUGGGGAAUAUGUGCUGGAAAAACUCAGUAGCAGCAUUCAGGUCAAGAAAACACGAGCUGAGGGUAGCAGUAAAAUCCAAGCCCGGAUGGAACAGCAGCCCACACGUCCCCCACAGCCCUCACAGCCACCACAGCCACCUCCACCACCGCCACCACCGAUGCCCUUCAGAGCCCCAACGAAGCCUCCAGCUGGAUCCAAAACUUCUCCCUUGAAAGACAACCCCUCACCUGAGCCUCAGCUGGAUGACAUCAAACGAGAGCUGAGGGCUGAGGUCGACAUCAUCGAGCAGAUGAGCAGCAGCAGUGGGAGCAGCUCCUCGGAUUCGGAGAGCUCCUCAGGAAGUGACGAUGAUGACGACAGCUCCAGCAGUGGCGGUGAGGACAACACCUCCGCCUCUCCGCCACAGCCCUCGCACCAGCAGCCCUAUGGCAGCAGGCUAGAUGUUGCCAACGGGACCGAUCGUACUCAAGGAAGCAACCAGCUCAUGAACACCCUCCGGAAUGACUUGCAGUUGAGUGAGUCUGGCAGUGACAGUGAUGACUAGAGCCAGAUCUUUUGAAAUCAGCCAAUUGGUUCACAAAUACGCUGCAAGACGGGGCUACUUGAGCAUGGAAUCCAUAGUCAAGAGGAAAAUGUGGUGGGUUGGUGACCUAUAGGAGUUUGAGGCUCCGGAGCUCUCAUAUUCCAGUCCUUCGACUUGGUGGUGAUGGGUGAUUUUUCUCAUGUAAUCUCGUGUUUCCGAGUUUAAGUAGAGCUAUAGAAGAACUUACAGAACUGCAUUUCUAUUUGGUUAAGACUGUUAAUGAAAACCAGAGUGCCCUAAGGGACUCAGGCCCUUCCCUCACCAGGCCAGUGAUGAUACAGCUUCAAACCUCAGUAGCCACCAGUUGGGCAGUUGGUCUGCAGCAGUGAAGUGAAACACUGUCUUGGAGAG